CGUCACUGUGAUUCUUCGCUUAGUUAACAAGAGUUUAAAAUGUCAGGAGAAGUUGAACAAACCAAAAAAAGAGCACGUAGUGCAAAUUAUACAUCAGAAGAAAAAGCUACUUUAAUAAGUAUUGUUAGCAAGUAUAAAAAUAUAAUAGAAUCGAAAAAGACAGAUAAAGUAACAUGGAAAGAUAAAAAUGACACUUGGGAAACAGUCACAAAUGAAUUCAAUGCUGUAGCACCAAAUGGGAAUUAUCGCACAACAGACUCAUUAAAAAAGUUCUAUGAAAACAUGAAGAAAGAGACAAGAAAAAUGGCAGCACAAGAGAAGAUGGAAUUAUUUAAAACUGGUGGUGGAAGACCAACACACAAAAUACUAGAUCCAAUGCAUGAUUCUAUUUUAACAUUAAUGAAUAGUAAAACAGUCAAAGGGCUUAAUAAUAUGUUUGAUUCUGAUACAAUAAUACUUGAUUCUGAUUCAACAAACAUAUUUACCUCUGUUUCGAAUGCAAAUAACACGCUUGACAGUGUGACUAACAGUACUAUGGAUCACAACAAUGAAUCAGACUCAAAUACGGAAGAAUGUUGUAUGUAUGAAGUACUAGAGGAAGAUUAUUCGAAGGAAAUGAAUAAUACACACACAACAUAUAAUAUAGAUGUUAAUUCUAAUAUGAGUGCAUCGCAAAACAAGAAGGAAGUAAAGAAAACAAAACCAACAUUAAAUUGGCGUACAUAUGUACCGGAUAAAUUAAAAACAUCUAAGCAUACAGCAUUAAAAGUAAAUGAAAGUAAUACAUUUCAAGAUCAAGGAGAAUCAUCCAAAGAAAACGAAACGAAUACAUCUAAAACUAUAACUCGACGACGUAGACCAUCGACAAUGGCUCUUAACAGCUCUCACAUUUCUAAACAAUAUAGUGAUUUAGCAGAAAUUAAAAUGGAGCUUGCAAAGUUGCAGUUAAUAGCUCAAAAGGAAGAAAUGGCAGUUAAACAAAAACAAAAUGAAUUUGAAUUUGAAUUAAGGAAAAAGAGUUUAGAAUUAGACAUAGAACUUAAAAAGGCACAGUUGAAAAGAUUGCAAGCAAGUUCUUUUAUUCAACAGCCUUUUAAUAUUAAUUAA